UGGCAGCAGGUUUCCUUAGCACUAAAGACCGGGCUGUGACAUCACUACAGUAGUGAUGGCAUAUCAGGCCGAGAUGAUCAGCACACAGCCCCAGGUGACCAUCACCAAUUAUACCAUCACCACUGGGUCCUCUGACUGGAGCUCCAACCUCUGUGACUGCUGUGAUGACUGCGGCAUCUGCCUAUGUGGGACAUUUAUCCCUUGCAUACUGGGCUGUAAGAUUGCACAGGACCAUGGUGACACAUGCUGUCUGCCCUUCCUUCCGGGCGCCAUGAUUGCUCUAAGAACCAGCAUCCGUGACAAAUAUCGCAUCAAUGGCUCUAUCUGUGAUGAUUGGAUUGUUAUGACCUGCUGUCCUUAUUGUGGUAUCUGCCAGCUGGCUCGAGAACAGAAGAUGAGAGGCUGA